AUGGCGACAACAAGCACGGGUAGUAACCUCGGCAAUGCCGGCGGGAGUCGUCCAGCCAGCCCGCCCCGCGACAGCGAUGUCGGCGCCGUGGACACUCUCGAUCCCGUAGUCUUGAACCUUGAGAAUGUGGACAUGCGUGCUGACAAUCCCAUCGCAGUCCCCGCGUCUGCACCGCCGACGGCCAGCGGUUCCGGCACCGAACAGAUACCCGCCGCGGCAUCCGGCACAGAAGCGGCGACGACAUCGACCGACCAAGCUACCGACCCGGGCCCAGACGCGGCGGCGGCAGCGGCAACAGCGGGCAUCCCCGGUCUCGCCGAGGAGACGCCCGUGGGAGACCCCCUCGAGGCCGGCGGCACUGACGACGACGACGACGAGUUUACGCCGAGCGUCUUCGACGAGGGCUCGAUCGCCGACGACCGGACCGAUUCGACGUCGCUCAACUCGAGCGUAUACGAGCACAGCUUCCGGAACGGUCGGCGCUACCACAAGUUCCGCCACGGGCGGUACCCGAUCCCCAACGACGAGACGGAGCAGAACCGUGAGGACAUGCUGCACGCCAUGAUGCUCGAGGUCACGGACGGGCGGCUGUACUUUGCGCCCAUUGGCGACAGCCCGCAGAAGAUCAUCGACCUGGGUACCGGGACUGGCAUCUGGGCCAUUGAGAUGGGCGACUUGUUCCCCAGCGCCGAGAUCCACGGGCUCGACCUGAGUCCCAUCCAGCCCGUAUGGGUGCCGCCGAACGUCAAGUUCCUCGUCGACGACGUAGAAGACACCUGGCUGAACGGCAGGAACUUUGACUUUGUACACCUCCGCAACAUGGUCCCGGUGCUCAAAUCGCCCGUCAACCUGUUGCGGAACGCAUACGAGUGA